AGGGAAACCCCAGUGAGGUGGUAUCCCUUCGCGAUGCAAAGAUGGCGACCCUGUUCCCUCCCCCAGGCAUCGAUGUGUUCCGCCCCUUCACCCAGGAAUCACUGGAGGAGAUCGAGAGGCACAUGGAGGAAAGGAAAAAGGCCGUAGAAGUAGAGGGCCAUGAGGAGGAGGAGGAGCCUGCAGCCCCAAACCCUGAUCUGGAGGCAGGCAAGAACCUGCCCAUGAUCUUUGGAGAUCCUCCACCAGAGCUGCUCAACAAACCUCUGGAGGAGUUGGACCCCUUCUACAAAGCACAGAAAACAUUCGUUGUUAUCAGCAAAGGAAACACAAUCUUUAGGUUCAACGCUGAACCAGCUUGCUACAUUCUGAGCCCCUUUAGUUUGGUUAGAAGAGUUGCCAUCAAAAUUCUCAUACAUUCAUUAUUUAGCUUGUUCAUCAUGAUAACAAUUCUGUCGAAUUGUGUGUUCAUGACAAUGAGCAACCCACCAGCUUGGAGUAAAACUGUUGAGUAUGUUUUUACUGGAAUUUACACCUUUGAGGCAACAGUCAAGGUGUUGUCUAGAGGUUUCUGUGUCGGAUCUUUUACAUUCCUCCGAGAUCCAUGGAACUGGCUGGAUUUCAUGGUGAUCAGCAUGGCAUACAUCACUGAGUUUGUUGACCUUGGCAACGUGUCAGCUCUCAGGACAUUUCGUGUACUUCGAGCCCUAAAAACAAUUACUGUGAUUCCUGGUUUGAAAACCAUCGUGGGCGCUUUGAUCCAGUCCGUGAAGAAAAUGUUUGACGUCAUGGUUCUGACUGUUUUUGCCCUUGCCGUUUUUGCCCUCAUUGGCCUUCAACUUUUUAUGGGACAUCUUCGUCACAAAUGUGUGCGAUGGCCCAUCGACAUGAAUCAAACUGAAUUUUUUAACAUCACAUCAACAUUUAAUGACACUAUGUCAUUUGACAAUGGCAUUGGUGCCAAUGACACGGCAUUUUCCAACAGUACCUUCAAUUUCCUGGAAUAUAUUGAAAACAUAGGAAAUCACUAUUAUUUGGAAGGCAGCCAAGAUGCUCUUCUUUGUGGAAACAGCUCUGAUGCUGGAAAGUGCCCAGAUGGAUACACGUGCAUGAAGGUCGGGACAAACCCCAACUUUGGCUACACCAACUUUGACAGUUUUGGCUGGGCUUUCCUGGCCCUCUUCAGACUCAUGACCCAGGACUACUGGGAGAACCUUUUCCAACUGGUCCUGCGGUCAGCUGGAAAGACGUACAUGCUUUUCUUUGUGGUGGUUAUCUUUCUGGGCUCCUUUUACCUCAUCAAUCUCAUCCUGGCUGUGGUAGCUAUGGCUUAUGAAGAACAAAAUCAGGCCACGCUGCGAGAGGCCAUCGAAAAAGAGGAGGAGUUCCAGCGACAACUAGAGCAACUCAAGAAUCAAGAACAGGCCCAACUUCAUGGGAGCCAAGCCACUCUAACCAGCAAGAAGUCGCUCAGUCAUCACACGCUGUCUGAUGAUGAACGGAGUCUUGGACAGGAGGAAGAUGUCAAGGAUUGCAAUGGGAGAGUUGUUCCCCGUCUGAUCAUCAGAGCGCCCACCAUGGUUGGGUCUGCUGUAGAUCAUGAACUCCAAGAGAAGUCAUCAGGCUCUGUGCACAGCAUGCUUCAUCUGGAUGAACCAGGCCUUGUUCAGAAAUCUGGUAGUGCUAUUACUGUGCUCACUGCGACUGCUAUGGAAGAGUUGGAGGAGGCUCAGAGGCCAUGCCCACCUGGCUGGUACAAGUUUGCUGACAUAUUCCUGAAGUGGAACUGCUGCACGCGCUGGGUAGUCUUUAAGAAGUGGGUGCUUUUUGUGGUGAUGGACCCUUUUGUCGACUUGGCCAUCACCAUCUGCAUCAUGCUCAACACCCUCUUCAUGGCUAUGGAGCACUACCCCAUGACCCCAGAGUUUGAUUACAUGCUCUCAGUGGGAAAUCUGGUUUUCACUGGGAUCUUCACAGCGGAAAUGGUCUUCAAGCUCAUCGCCAUGGACCCCUACUAUUAUUUUCAAGUGGGCUGGAACAUAUUUGACAGCAUCAUUGUCACUCUCAGUCUGGUGGAGUUAGGGCUGGCAAAUGUCCAGGGCCUGUCUGUCCUCAGGUCAUUUCGUCUGCUUCGUGUCUUCAAACUUGCCAAGUCCUGGCCCACACUCAACAUGCUGAUCAAGAUCAUUGGUAACUCAGUAGGAGCUCUGGGCAACUUGACUUUGGUGCUAGCCAUCAUUGUCUUCAUCUUUGCCGUGGUGGGAAUGCAGCUCUUUGGCAAGAGCUACAAGGACUGUGUGUGCAAGAUCUCCUCAGAAUGUGAGCUGCCACGUUGGCACAUGACCGACUUCUUCCACUCGUUCCUCAUCGUGUUCCGCAUCCUGUGCGGGGAGUGGAUUGAGACCAUGUGGCACUGCAUGGAGGUGUCUGGAAUUGCGAUGUGUUUAGUUGUCUUCAUGCUGGUCAUGGUCAUUGGAAAUCUAGUGGUGUUAAACCUCUUCUUGGCCUUGCUGCUCAGCUCAUUCAGUGGAGACAACCUCGCAGCAGGAGAUGAAGACGGAGAGAUGAACAACCUCCAGAUAGCCAUUCGCAGGAUCACACAGGGCUUCAAUUGGUUCAAAAUGUUCAUUAUGCAAACAAUCCUGCAGAUUCUUGGCAGAAAGCCCGUGGAUCCUGAGGUCGGUCCCACAGACAACAUUGACCCUAAAAUGGAAGAAAUUGAAAUGAACCACUUGGACACCAGUCAGAGUUUCAAAAUGGCAGAUGGGAUAUCAAAGUGUUCAGUUGAAGUCCAACCUUCUACAUUUACUGUGGAUGGAGAGCUCAGUCUCAAUGUGCCAAUCGCCCAGGCAGAGUCAGACCUUGAAAACCUGGGUGUGGAGGAUGAAGAUGACAAUGCUGAUGAUGCCCAUGACUCAGAGAUUUUAGAUGGCAAAACUAACCAACAAAAUACAGAAAGCUUAAAAGAUGAAAGAAAAAUGCCAACAUGCCAACAUGUCAAACUGAUGGGUACUUCGGAUGAUGAUGAUUCUUCAGUGUGCAGCACUGUGGACUAUCAGCCACCUGAGCCUGAACCAGAAGAAGAGGAAGAAGAGCCAGACCUAGUGGAGCCAGAGGCCUGCUUCACUGACAACUGUGUAAGACGUUGGCCAUGUCUGACUGUGGACAUCACCCAAGGUAAAGGCAAGAAGUGGUGGAACCUGCGUAGAACCUGCUUCACUAUUGUAGAGCAUGACUGGUUUGAAACCUUCAUAAUCUUUAUGAUCCUUCUCAGCAGCGGAGCUCUGGCCUUUGAAGACAUACACAUAGAAAGACGCCGAACCAUCAAAAUUAUUCUGGAGUUUGCUGACAAAGUUUUCACCUACAUAUUUGUCAUAGAGAUGCUCCUUAAAUGGGUCGCAUAUGGCUUCAAGACCUACUUCACUAACGCCUGGUGUUGGUUAGACUUUUUCAUUGUAGAUAUUUCCCUGAUUAGUUUAACUGCCAACUGGAUGGGUUACUCUGACCUUGGAGCAAUCAAAUCCCUGAGAACCCUGAGGGCGCUAAGGCCUCUUCGAGCAUUGUCAAGAUUUGAAGGGAUGAGGGUGGUGGUCAAUGCUCUCAUCGGGGCGAUUCCCUCCAUCUUCAACGUACUGUUGGUGUGUUUGAUCUUCUGGCUCAUUUUUAGCAUCAUGGGAGUGAACCUGUUUGCUGGCAAGUUUUACAGCUGCAUCAACACCACCACAGAGGAACGCUUUCCCGUUACAGAGGUCAACAACAAGAGCGACUGCUUGGCCAUGAUAGAAGCCACACAGGAAGCCCGCUGGGUCAACAUCAAAGUCAACUAUGACCAUGUUGGACAAGGCUACCUGUCCCUGCUUCAAGUGGCAACUUUUAAAGGUUGGAUGGAGAUCAUGUAUGCUGCAGUUGACUCAAGAGAGGUAGAAGAACAACCUUCUUAUGAGGUCAACCUUUACAUGUACCUAUACUUUGUCAUCUUCAUCAUCUUUGGUUCUUUCUUCACACUCAACCUCUUUAUUGGUGUCAUUAUUGACAACUUCAACCAACAAAAGAAAAAGAUAAGAGAUCAAGACAUCUUCAUGACUGAAGAGCAAAAAAAAUACUACGAGGCCAUGAAGAAACUUGGUUCCAAAAAGCCACAGAAACCAAUUCCACGCCCAACAAACCAAAUCCAGGGCAUGGCGUUUGACUUAAUUGGCCAGCAGUUCUUUGACAUCUUCAUCAUGGUACUCAUCUGCCUCAAUAUGGUGACCAUGAUGGUGGAGACAGACAAUCAGAGUGUAGAGAAGGAGGAUUUUCUCUUUAAAUUAAAUGUGGCUUUCAUUGCUGUCUUCACUGGAGAGUGUGUCUUGAAACUCUUUGCCCUGCGACAGUACUUCUUCACCAGCGGAUGGAACAUUUUUGAUUUUGUUGUGGUCAUCUUGUCAAUUGCAGGUACAAUGCUCUCAGACAUAAUCGAGAAGUACUUUGUAUCCCCCACUCUGUUCAGAGUGAUCAGACUGGCCAGAAUAGGCAGGAUUCUACGUCUUAUUAAAGGAGCUAAGGGCAUUCGAACGCUUCUCUUCGCUCUAAUGAUGUCACUUCCUGCCCUAUUCAAUAUUGGUCUCCUGCUCUUCCUCAUUAUGUUCAUCUUUUCCAUAUUUGGCAUGUCAAACUUUGCCUAUGUCAAAAAGGAGGCUGGAAUCGAUGACAUAUUGAACUUUGAGACAUUUGGUGGUAGCAUUAUCUGCUUGUUUCAGAUUACAACAUCAGCUGGCUGGGAUGGACUUUUACUUCCAAUGUUGAACAGGGAGCCUCCAGACUGUGAUCCGAACUUUGAGAACCCAGGCACAGAUGUGAAGGGUAACUGUGGCAGCCCGGCUAUUGGCAUGGUUUUCUUCUGCAGCUACAUCAUCAUCUCAUUCUUAGUGGUGGUCAACAUGUACAUUGCUAUCAUCUUAGAGAACUUCAAUGUGGCACAGGAGGAGAGUAGUGAUGCACUCUGUGAGGAAGACUUUGAGAUGUUUUAUGAGACUUGGCAGAGGUUUGACCUUGAUGGAGCUCAGUUUAUUGAGUACAGCCAACUCUCAGAUUUCUGUGAUGAAUUACAGGAGCCGCUGAAGGUGGCCAAGCCCAACCGGCUUCACCUGAUUGAAAUGGAUCUGCCCCUGGUUAUAGGGGACAGGCUCCACUGCCUGGAUGUCUUGGUGGCCGUCACACAGGUGGUCUUGGGAAACACAGUGGAGAUGGUAGCAAUGCGAGAGAGCAUAGAGACCAAGUUCAUCCAGAACAACCCCACCUCAGACUCCUUUGCACCAAUUACCACAACAGUACGCCACAAAGAAGAGGAGUGGGCUGUUGUAGUCAUUCAAAGGGCUUACCGCAGCCACCUACUGAAACGCUGCAUAUGUCAUGCUGCUUUUAUACACCGCUCUAAGAGAAUGGGUAGAAAGGACAAUGGUGAAGAGCCAUCAGAAAAAGAAGGGCUGCUUACACGAAGGCUGGGAUUGCUCUAUGGGAGCAACGUAGCCCUGGCAGAGGAGCUGGAACAGGCCCUUUCAGAAACUCAAGCAAGCCAACAGCACCUUAAUCCGGAGGCACUGUCACAUUAUGCAAGUGAACCCCCUAAGCCAAAUGUCAUGGUUGUACCUGUGGAAAUUACUAAUGAGGUUUUAUUACAUUCUGCCCCCAACCAACACCUCUUGAGCCUUCAGGCAAACCUGAAAGAGUCAAGUGUAUAACAAACAUCAGAGCAUAAUUAACUGUCUCCCCCUGUUACUUUACAGCAGUCAAGGAAGUAAGGUUAGUUACGUCUCAUGAAUGAAGCUGAAUUUUCCACAUUAAGAGGUUACAAAAUAAUACACAAUGCUGUUUUUUCUUGUGAUAUUUAAGUGUUGUUUUGGCUUGAAGGUG